AUGAGCCCCCAGAAAUCAGGUCUCCUAACUCGCUCAGCAGUGCAGAUAAAUGCAGCAGUUCAUGAAAAUGUUGAGAUGACCUAUUCUGAAAAGACAGAGGUAAGGUCUUCUUCCAAGACAAGAAGCUUCACUCAUUCAACAGUUAAUAAAACAGAGAAAAAUCCAGUUGCUGAAGCAAACAGUGGAAUUGAAAAGAAUAUUUCGACUAAAUGCAGCAAAUCAAAAUCUUCUGCAAAUAAAAUUGUAGACCCAGGAUAUGAUUUAUUUGAAAACCAGAAACCAGUUGGUUCAGCCAUUGAUGCUGAGUCAAGUAGAUCCCCUGCUGAGGAUGGGGAAAGCCUCGUGGAAAAAGACGGGCAGAUUAUUAAGAAUGUUUCUAAGAGAGUUGCCAAGACAGUUGAUGCAUACCUUGGGGAGAUUGCUACUGAUGUUGAUCUGAAGGUCUGCAGCGUGAUGAAUCCACUCAAACUAUCUUAUGCCAUGACAGCAAGAAAUGAAGGUUCUCCAAAUGCCAUGACAACAGACGAACUAUCCUAUGCCACAGACGAACUAUCCUAUGCCGUGAUGGAUCCACUCAAACUAUCCUAUGCCACAGACGAACAAAAUGUGCCAAAUGCCAUGACAACAAGAAAUCAGAUACAGGCUGAUGUAUCCCUGGUGAAUAGAAGGAGAAGGUUCUCCAUUUCUUCUUGUGGGGCUCUUUUCACUCCAUCUUUACUGGUUUCAGGCUAA